UGUUGCAAGUAGUACAGUUGGUUGUCCAAAACACGACGGGGUGGUGGCGCUAAACUUGAAUAUCAAAUAGCCAGCGCCUGGGAAAGAUUUAACGUAACGUUAUGCAGCAAGCCAUCAAUGAAGUGAACUGUUUUCAUUACACCGAGAACAACUACUGUAGCGCCAGGUGGUCACCAAUGACAACCAAAGAGGGAAAACAGUGGUGGGAUCCAUAUGAAACAUCUCAUAGAAGACAAUUUGUCUACCGUCCAAACUCAGCUGCAGAGAUUCUGCUGUGCCCAACGUCAACUUCAUUUAUAGACUCCAAUUCACAGUCUAGACCUUUUGGUUCAACUGUGUACAGCAAGGAUUUUUGCUGGAAGCCAGCCUGCAAACCUGAAUGCAUUCGCACAGGAACCGCCUCAGGGCAGAGGAGAAACAACCCACAUCCCAGUCAGUCUUUCAUCAUGUGGAGGCUGCCUAGGGACGCCACACAAAGCUCUGAGUAUGUCAGCUUUCCUUGGAACUGUCCCCCAUCUGAGGAGGACAUCCGUAAGGCCUUGACAGCACAGUACAGCUCCAUCUACAGAUGUGACUACAUGGGUAUGCCUCAAGGACAUGGUCAUUUUAAACACGCAGAAAGAAGACUUACACCUCUGCACAGCAGGCGUGAAAUGCCGCUUUCUACUGAUACAGAGAUGAGGGACAAUUACCGCCAGCCAAAGCAAAAACCUGAACUGCUGAGCAACUACUCUCACUACAGCUGCAGCACACAUCCUAACAUGGCCUGUCGUGGUAUAGUUCCAACUGUUGUGCAAAGGCACACUCAGCAGAAAAGAUCAGAUUUGACCAACUACGACUGUGGAAAGAGAGUCACUGAUGUCACGUGGAUAAAGUCUCUGCUGCCCCAGGAGCUGCAGCAAUUACACAGAAUUUUACCUGAGGAGGAAAAGGAGGCUGUAAGAACAGUUUUGAGUAAAGAUGUGUACCCAAACAACAAUGAGAAAGUGUAUAAACUCCCAGCGGUUGUGCUUAAGUCCCGCUCACCAGAGAGGAUAUCAAGCUGGCCAGGACCUCUCUGAGCCUCAUGGCUUAUAUUAGUUGUUUCUUUAUCUGUCUUUGUAGUUUGUGUGUUUUUAUGUAAUUUAUUUUCAUGGUAGGGGUAAAACUGUAAUAAAUAACAUGACAUAAUAUAACCAAUAUACGUAAAUUAACAGUGUCUUGCAGAAUUAGAUUGCUGUCAUUUUUGUGUGUUGUGAUAAUUAAACAUCUCUGCCUGAUGAAAAAAUAUUUGUCUGCCAUGUUUCACCCCUCCCCCUUUUUCCUGCUAUCUGACAUUAUGCAGUAUGUUUCCAAGACAGACAAAUUGAUUUA